AUGUCGUCCAAAACGUCCCCGGCCGUCCCUCCAGUGGCCCUUGAUGCGAUCACUCAACACAUCGGCAAUACUCCACUUGUGCGCUUAAAUCGCGUACCACAGAGCCUUGGAAUCGAAGCCACUGUAUAUGCAAAGUUGGAAUACUUCAAUGCGGGAGGUAGCGUGAAGGACAGAAUCGCCCUGCGCAUGAUCGAAGAGGCGGAGAGAUCGGGGCGCAUCAAGCCUGGUGAUACCCUGAUUGAACCUACCAGUGGUAACACCGGUAUUGGAUUAGCUCUUGUUGCUGCCGUCAAAGGCUACAAGACUAUUAUCACACUGCCCGAGAAGAUGUCUGCUGAGAAAGUGUCCGUACUACGGGCUUUGAACGCCACCAUUAUUCGUACGCCUAACGAGGCUGCCUACGACUCCCCCGAAUCCCACAUCGGCGUCGCCAAACGUCUCGAGAAGGAGAUCCCCAAUGCGCAUAUCCUAGACCAAUACGGAAACGUGAACAAUCCAUUGGCGCACGAGCUCGGCACUGCGGAAGAGAUCUGGACUCAAACUAACGGCAAGAUCAGUGCUAUCGUCGCAGGUGCGGGUACCGGUGGCACUAUCACCGGGCUGGCGCGAGGUCUGAAGAAGCACAACCCCAAAGUGAAGGUCAUUGCGGCUGAUCCCCACGGUUCUAUCCUGGCUGUCCCGGCCGAUCUGAACAGGGAGCAUGAAAAUGAGCCCUAUAAGGUCGAAGGUAUCGGGUAUGAUUUCAUUCCGCAAGUGCUCGACCAGAGUGCUGUGGACAAGUGGUACAAGACUGGGGACAGGGAGUCUUUCCAAUACGCUCGGCGAUUGAUUGCCGAGGAAGGGCUUCUUGUUGGUGGGAGCAGUGGAAGCGCGAUCUCAGCGCUGGUACAGGCCGCAAAAGAUCACACCUUCAGCAAAGACGAUGUAGUAGUUGUGAUUCUACCUGAUAGUAUCCGGAGCUAUCUCACAAAGUUUGCCGACGACGAUUGGCUUGCCGCAAAUGAUCUGCUGCCCUCGUUAUCCUCUGAAACUACAUUGGUGUCGCAGAGUGUGCAACCACAGGCACCAAAGGAUAAGUUCGCUGGAGCGAAGGUUCAAUCCUUGAGACUGAAGCCCAUCACAACCGUCCGGUCCAACAUCCCGUGUGAGAAUGCUAUCGAGAUCAUGCGCGAUAGGGGAUUUGAUCAACUUCCCGUCCUUGCACCCUCGGGAAAGAAGCUUGUUGGACUGGUCACUCUGGGAAAUGUCCUCAGUCGGCUGACGCACGGACGCGCUACGAAGAAAAGCUUGGUCGCAGAUGUCAUGUUCGACUUUGGCAAGAUCUCAGAGGUCGUCACCGACCCUAGGGACCUCGGUCUGGCAGAACCCAAGCUCAAUGGCGACCAACAGAACGGAGCUGAUGUCUUACGGCCACAAGCCAAAAAUCGCAAGUUCAUGGAAAUUACUAUGGACACUCCUCUGAGCGUCCUCAACCGUUUCUUUGAAUGGAACAGCGCCGCCAUUGUCACUGAGAGGGACGAGCAUGGAACGAUGAGGCCCCUCGCGGUCGCCACCAAGGUCGAUCUGCUCACCUGGAUGCUCCAUCAUAAUGAGGACUCUUCUUAA